CAACGGAACUACGCAGUUUUGGUUCGGUAAGUUCAAGAUCAGCAUGUGUCACGGACAAUCGCCGGAUAGGAAAGAGUAAGAGUGUCACGGGACGAUUUUACGUGUUGAAAACAUUCUUCUUGUAGUCUAAUUAUAUUAAUGGUGACGUGAUCCGCUCGGUAAAGGCAAUCAAAAACGAUUCGAACGAAAAUGAAAGUGGUACGAUUUCUCCUGUUGAUAUGCGUGCUAGUGGCAGCUGUUUGCGCUAAUCCUGCCGUGGAUAACGGUGCCCCCAUCAAUCAUGUGGCACCGACAACGGCCAGCAAAACGGCCCUGGAGGAGUCCUUUGUGAAACGCUUGGGUGCCAAGUGUACUCAAAAGGAUAACAGCUCUUGCGUGAUGCUGAAGUUGGUGAGCUACAUGAAUCGGAUACUGAAGAAAUCGAGCAUUGCUCUCGGCGACAGCGUCGAGCUGACCAGGACUAGAACCGAUGAACCGGCGGACGACCCAGAGGAGUUGUCGGUCCUGAGCCGUUCGGCCAGCUCAGACGACCACAAGCUGAGCGUCAUUGUGGCGGACAAAAUCUGGCGCUUCAUCCAGAGCCGCAGCGUCAAGUGGAAGGCCUUCCGGGUGGCGGACAUCGUCGUUGCUUCCGGCGAGGGAGGCAAGCUGAACUUUGGCGUUUCACUCGAUACGAAAAAGCUGCUGGCCGAGGGUCGUGGCAAGAUGAAAAACUACGGACCCAUUCUGAUGGCAUUCGUCAUGAAAGCGGGAAUCGUGGGAGCACUGGUACUGAAGGGAAUUGCUCUGCUUGUCGGUAAGGCACUGUUGGUGAGUAAGUUGGCAUUAUUGCUGGCCAGUGUGAUUGGAAUCAAGAAGCUGCUGCACAAGAAGCACGUGACGUACGAGGUGGUGGCACAUCCACCGGAACAUCAUCAUCAUUUGGAUACGUACAGCUCCGGGUGGGCCCGUGCCAUCGAUGGAUUUGUCGAUUCGUUUUCCAAGGGAUUGGAGAAAAAUCUCGCCAUGAAGGAUGCGGACGAGAUGGCGUACGGAGGCCAAAUGGCUCAGUGAAUUUCUCGCUUUCUUUCUACUAGCAAUCAACGAUGAGAGUGCAAGCACCUGGUACCUGAGAUUUCUUUCGUAUCAUUCUAUCCUGUGAUAACCCAGUGCCGUUUCUGUUCGGCUGUGUGUCUAUGGCACCCUGAUGUUUAUUUUAUCGACGCACUAAUUUA